UGUGGGAUAUUUAAGAGUUUCAGAAGCGCUAUCUGCCUGAACAGCGACCGCGCUCCUGCAGCUUUUCCCAGCUCUGGAAUUCAGCUAAUGAACCAUAGACGACUGACCCGAUGACCAAAUCACUGUCGGAUUAACCCUGGAGAUCAACCUUGACGAGCCGCCAGUCUUACGUUUCUGCACAUCGAGUGAUCUAGUGAAUCUGAUAGAGAUGGAAGAUGACCGCCGUUUUCACAAACUGACACAAGAGCAGGUGGAGACUUUGGACCAAGUUCUUACAGAGGUCAUUCCCAUUCAUGGCAGGGGCAAUUUUCCAACUCUUGAAAUCAAGCCUAAAGACAUAAUCCAUGUGGUCAGAGACAGACUGAUUUUGAAGAAAAUCAAGGUGAAAGAUGUCCGUCUCAAUGGCUCUACAGCCAGUCACGUGCUGGUCAAAGAAAACGGCACCAGCUAUAAAGAUUUGGAUAUCAUCUUUGGUGUGGAGCUUCCCAAACCGGAGGACUUCCAGAUUAUUAAGGAGGUGGUUUUGGGCUGUCUGCUUGACUUUCUACCUAAAGGAGUCAACAAAGAUAAAAUAACAGCUCUCACCAUGAAAGAGGCCUAUGUACAAAAAAUGGUCAAGGUGUUCACUGAGCAUGACCGUUGGAGCCUUAUCUCCCUCUCAAAUAAUAGCGGGAAGAAUGUAGAGCUCAAGUUUGUCAACUCUCUACGACGACAGUUUGAAUUCAGUGUGGACUCCUUCCAGAUCAUCCUGGACAGCAUGCUACAAUCUUAUUUGGAUGCUGAAAGGAGGAAGUUCGAAGAAGGGCAAGAGGGCCAGGACUCUUCUUCAGCUCAAACAAAAGGGAUUCAGUCAGCCCUAAUGGACGAACCAUUCCUAAGCUCUUGUGGCAUAAGCCAUCACCAGAAAAACAACACUGACAUGUGCUCCAAAACUGAAGAAAUGGAGACUUUCUAUGACUCUCAGUGUUAUUGUAAAAUCAGUCAGAAAGAACAGUCUAAAUAUUCAGAAAGAGAACCAUCUUGUGAAGGAGACAAAGAUGUUGAAAAAGAGAUGGUUGAAACUACAACUAUCCCUGUACCCAUUGAGCAAGUAUCAGAUCACCCUGUAAUAGUGCAUGUGGAGGAAAAGAAUGAACUUCCUGAAAAUGUGUCUUUGCAUACAGAGACACUGCUAGAGGUAAAUACAAACGAAAUAGGUAUUGACUCGGGAGGGGGAAAUGAACUGUUAGUAGUAAAAAACAUGUCUGUCAAGGAAACAAAUCCCCCAGUUAAAACACAUAUUAGUGAAAUUAAUUCUGACAUGUUAGACAUAGAGGCAGUUAAUUCCAAACCAUGGCUUGAAAUGGUACAUGCUGACUUCUCUUGUCUUUCAACAAAAGGGACCUUUGGUGAGCGAUGCCCAUUCCAACCUGCUCCCAUUACAUUUCUUACACAAGCAUCACUAGAAUCAUAUGCUGAGUAUCCUCUGCCGCCCCCUGCCAAGAAAAACAGCCAAAAUUCACAAAUGGUUGUUCUCAAGCAUUCCUCACCCAAACCUCCUCGGAAAAUGUCCAAAAAGAUAACUCCUGUGCCAUGUUCACCAGAAAAAUCAGUGUCAAAUAAUUUGGAUGUUAAUACUUGUCAGAUUUUGCCUCCAACUAAAGCUUGCCCAAAUCAAUCAUUACCUAUGCAGGUUAAAUUGUCAGGUCUUCCCACAAAAAGCUUUGAAUUAUCCAGCUCAUCAGAAAAAGACUCUAAAGAAUCAAAAGAACUGUCCACUUGUACUGGAGCUUUUACUGUUGCUGCUCCAGAGAGUGGUAUGCACUCAGAAGAGACACUUUACACAAGUCUAUCACCAGAGACUGAUAUGCUCUCAGAGGAGACACUUUACACGAGUCUAUCUCCAGAGAGUUGUAUGCACUCAGAAGAGACAUUUUACACAAGUCUAUCUCCAGAGAGUGGUAUGCACUCAGAAGAGACACCUUACACGAGUCUAUCUCCAGAGAGUGGUAUGCACCCAGAAGAGACACUUUACACAAGUCUAUCUCCCGAGAGUGGUGUGCAUUCAGAAGAGACACUUUACACGAGUCUAUCACCAGAGGAAAGCCUUCAAAGUCGAGUGCAUAGCUCAGAACCAGAAACUGGUGAAGCUACACAUGUCAAUAUAGUCAUCCCUUCAUCCAAUCCCAGUAAUCUCCCCAAAGAUCAAAACAGGAUAAACCAGCCUUUUACCGAAAGUGUUCAGACAGCACAGUCUCAGGCAAUGGUACCUCUCAUUAAUGUGAAUUCUGAGCCUUUACUUCAGGCAAAUGACAGUUGUCACCUCAACUCCGCCUCUACCAAAAAGGAAGACAAUGAGUCAUGUGCCAAAGUUGAUGACCCCACACCACCAAAAUGUUUUACUUCACCCUCAGUCACGAAGUUGAACUCUAAGGCAACAAAUUGUGCCUCUCCGAUAUUGAAACCACUGUCUGCAGACCAUACUGUUGAUUCACAAGUGGCAGGGACCAAUUCUUUGUGUUCUGAACAUGUUGUAUCACCUCAAGUUCACAACUACCCCGUGUCCACUCUGCAGACUCUGGAUCUUCUUGUGCCAAGUCCACAGACUAAAGAACCUCCAGAACUAUUGUCAUAUGUAUUAGAACCACUUGUUUCUUUACCAGAGGUUCAACGCCUCACUGUAGCAGCACCGCAUUUUUCAAAGUCACUAGAACCUUCCAUAUCCUCAACAGCAACAGAGACUCCUAGAAUCUCAGAACCUCUUUUAGAACCAUCAGCUAUAUCUCUGGAUGUCACGGAGCCCUCUGAAGUAUUCCUCAAAGUUCUAGAACCAUCUGAAGUACUUUCACAGGUUUUGAAACCCUCAAUGUCACAUAUGUUAGAAACGUCUACGUCCUCAGUAAGUGAGGCGGUGGUUUCCAAGAUAUCAGAUCCAUCAGCUUCAGACAUUAACAUGCCCAUACUCCCUUCUAAAGAGUUGCCUUGCAUUACAGUGAUGGCUGAGAGCAUGUAUGGCGACUUUGAGCAGGCUAUGGAUCACCUACGUUACCGGCUAAUAGCAACACGCAACCCUGAAGAGAUCAGGGGUGGAGGCCUGCUCAAGUACAGUAAUCUGCUUGUCCGGGACUUUAAACCUGCCUGUGAAACUGAAAUUAAGACACUUGAGCGCUACAUGUGUUCACGUUUUUUUAUUGACUUCCCUGAUGUGAACGAGCAGCAGCGCAAGAUUGAAUCAUAUCUGCGCAACCAUUUUAUUGGAGAAGAGAAAAGCAAAUAUGAUUACUUGAUGACACUUCGGAGAGUGGUCAAUGAGAGCACCGUGUGCUUGAUGGGGCAUGAGCGCCGUCAGACUCUCAAUAUGAUUACCAUUCUAGCACUCAAAGUUCUGGGUGAGCAGAAUAUCAUUCCUAAUGCCAAUAAUGUUACCUGCUACUACCAGCCUGCACCUUACAUGACAGACCACAACUUCACUAACUAUUACAUUUCAAAUGGCCAGUCCCAACUUAUAUACCACCCCUAUCCACUACAUAUACACAUGCAGACUGGACUAGUUUAGGUCUAGGUACAUUUCCACUACAAACAAUCUACCCUUGAGCUACAAACACUUAAUUGAAAAAAAAAAAAAACAGUUUGAGGACCUAAGUGUUGGACAACGGGAUGUCUCAAUUAAUAACUGAUGAUGACCACCACUGAGAAUUAUAUAAAACAUUGGAGCUGAUACACUAGCAAUAUGAAGGUUAAACCAUGUGUCUCAUGCAUUUAAUGGAAAACAACAAUGAGAAGAUAAAUGGUUUAAAAACAGGGAGACAGUAAAAACUAUAAAACUACAAAUUAGAGGGAAAAUAACGUUGCUAGGCCUGCUCUUCUCUUAUCAGAUGUAGCUGAAAAGUCUCGUUUUAACACAAAAACAAAGACAUUUUUCAGUAAAUUGUAUGCUUUAUUGGUAUGACAAAAAGUGCAAGAGAAAUAAUCAGCAUGUAGCCAAUAGUUUUCUGAAACAAUUAUUUGUUCCUAUCUUGUUUUGCUCUAAGAAAGUUCAGUACGAUCAGUGUUCCAUUUUUUUCUGAUUUCUGUUUGAAUUAUUUCAUGUUGUGAUAUUUCUUUGUACAUCUACAGGGUGUCUGCUUUUUCAUUUAUAAUAUAUGCUUAUUAGUAGAUUAUAAAUGAUGUAUAACCGGGGGUGUCCAAUCCUGCUCCCGGGGUCCACUUUGACUUUCCUGCAGCAUUUAGCUCAAACACACCUGCUUGCUUGGAAGUUUCUAGUAACCCUAAAGACCUUGAUUAAAGUUUUAGUUGUGUUUAAUUAGGACUAGAGCUAAAUUCUCCUGGAAGGUGGUCCCUCCAGGAGCAAGAUUGGAAACUCUUAUUAUUUCACCAGGAUCAUAAAUCUUCAGAAUUUAAGAAAGUGCUCCAUUCCUCCUUAUUGCUCUUAGUUACUAAAACUAAAUGACAGAUUUUAAGAAAAAAUGUUUCUCUGCCUACAUUUAAUCUUUUCUAAUUUUGGCAGUGAUCUGCACAUUUAUUUACUUAUUUUAUUGAUUGAUUGAUUGAUUGAUUCAUUCAUUGUUUGUUUGUUUGACCAAAGUGUAAAAUGUGCUUUGGAAUGAACUGAAUUGAUGGGGGGAAAAUCACUAGUGUAAGAGAGUGAGAUGUUAGAGCAAAUGUUACUUCCAAACAUGGACAAGUACAAAAAAGAAAACAGACCACAAAAACAUAUCUAUGGCACACACAUGGAGAGUAACAAGCAGUCUUCUUUAUUUUUCUUUCCUAUUUAAUGUAAAUUUAGCAUAAAAAGAAUCCAUGCAAGGACAUUAAAUGAUGUUAUGUAAUAUUUCUUUGUAUUUAACAGAACCAUCAGUGGUGCUUAAGACUUAAAUACAUUUCCACUCUUUUUUACAAAUUUGUGACAAAAAUGCAUAUAUUUUUCCAAGAAUGUAUGUGUAGUACUGUAUUAGAGCAUGCAUGAAAGAUUGCACCAGCCAUUUACACUGUAUACACAAAUACACAGAUAAACAUACACUGAACUAAAAAGUCAGGACCAAAACUAUAAACGUGUGCAUUGAGGGGCAUCAGUAUGACAUUAAAAAGCUACUGUCUUAAAAAUGUAUUAAAGAGAUUUGCCUAAGUAAUUCAUUUUUUUUUUCAAAAACAAGACAAAAUGCUUUAUUGAAAUUGUAUAAAGGAAUACAAUUUCUUAUUUUAAGUUAUAUUGAACAUAUACUGUAGUUAACAGUGUUAGCAUACAUUUGACCUUGACCUUAUAUACAAUGCAAAAGUUUAAUAAAUCUUACAGAGAUGUCAUCACUGGCAUAGCUAUUAAAACUUGUGGAGUUCCUGUGCAGACCUACAGUUUUGUAAAGUAUUGGCUUGACUGUAUGAUGAUUUCUUGUCUAACAUUCUGUUUACCUUUAUGUAAGUGUCUACCUGUGAAAUGGAGCCAAAACCUGUAGUAACACUGUGGUUAAAAAUAGGUUUAGACUGAAAUUGUUUACCAAGAUGAUGUACACCCAUCAUGAAAUCCUUAAAACAGUUUAUAUGACCAAAAUAAUUUUUGCAGGAAAACAUUAGUGCCUAAAUGAGCAGGAGAAAGCUGUAAAGUAGGUGAGAGAAAGGACAACACUACUGUAAAUACAGCCGUCAGAUUUUAUUUUAUUUUUUCUCAGGUGUACAUUUUCUCCUUUCUCAUGCUAUUUGUGUUGAUGUCAAAUGUAGUUGUUUGCUGUGGCUAGUUUUUGACCAUGUAAUAAAAAAGGAUCCAAAAGAUCCACUUAAUCACAAAUUAGUACUGUUGUUUUGUUUAUGUAAAAUAUAAGAUAACAUAUAGCAUCUAUUCA